AUGUCCCCAAACCCGGCAAAACCCCUUCAGGAGGAUACCUACAACAAGAACAAGCCCUUCAAGUAUUGGGUGGAGAAAUCUGUGACUGCGAGCCUUUCGCAGCAUCAAUUGCUGCGCCAGCAGGAGGCUGUGAAGUUUGAGCAGGAUGUGCCUGUGGACGGGAAUGAAGUUACCCUCGGAAGGGAUGUGGCUUUCGAUCUUUCGGGCUUUGAUGCUAAAAUGGCGAACCCUCAAGAUGUGGCGGUUUUGUUUGAGAAGGCUUUGAGGACUCGAUCGACUAGGGUGGCUGAUGCUAUGGGCCGUUUGGAGCUGAUUCCAGCUGAGAAGCGCACUGAGAAUGUCAAGAAGCAGGAGACAUUGAAGAAGGAGUACAAGUUGGCAAAGCGCAAGGCCCUGGAGUCCGUGAACCUGGAAUCCCGCGCACGAGCGGCUGCCCCGAAAAAGAAAGCUGUGACAAACCUGGACCUACUGGUCUUCGAUUGGUUCAAUCGCUUGCAAAUGGAUACUGCAGCCAACGUGGUGCGUUUUGCGCAGGCCAUUGAGAAGGAGCAACCCUACCUUCUAAAAGGAAUUCGAAAGAUCUCAGUGCUGUCGCUGCCUCAUGCUGAAACUGGCUUGCACAAGAUUAUUCGGGAUUGGGGCCUGUCGCUACCACUGGAUCUGUAUUACUUCAACAAGGGGAUCUUGUUCGCUCCCAUGAUCAAACCCAAAGCCUGGCUGGAAUACCUGCUUUGCAACAAACCUGGAAUCCUUCUAGGCGGUUUUUCGACGGACCAUUUUGCACUGCCGUCAUUUCUUGAAUCAUUCUGGCAAGCUUACAAGUUUGAGGAUGGAGACCAUGAGGUCUUCCAAAGGCAUUCGGACCAUCUGGGCCAAUGCAUCCCUUACUGCCUAUUCACUGAUGAAGGGCGUGGAUUGAGGAAAGCUCCUGUUCAAAUUGUGGCCCUGGAAACACUAUGGAACAUUAAGACCUUCGAAGCCUGUCAGAGGAUGGGAGCAUGGAACGAUGAAACGUUCUGGGCAGCUUCGCAACACACAGGGAGUGGGUCUUCCUUGACUUCUCGGUUAUUACUGUAUGUCUUGCCGCACCGUGCCUACAAGAAGAAACAGAAACAAUUCUGGUUCGAUGUGCUUGACGUGGUGGUCCGUGAUCUUGCCACACUCUUUGACUCUGGCAUAGAUAUUGGAGGGAGGGCUUGCAUUGGCCACGGCGAUCCUCUUUCCCUUUCGGAGGGUGCCUUGAAACCUGAUCAGACUGGACGAUCGGGCGUGACAUAUUUCAGGGAUCCGGACAAGGGCCCAGUGUUCAAGGCCGUUGAAGAUUGCUGCUGCAGCCUUCUUCGGUACUUUCAGGUUCUGCACAAGAAUGGGCUUUGGCUGAACCGCGAUCAAUGCAAUGCUGCUGCUGAUGCAGUCCACCUCUUCUGUGCAGGGUAUUGCUUUCUGGCAGGAAACUUUUUGGAGCGGUGUCUGCAAACUUCGGCACCUGUGGUCCUUUCACCUGCAGCAUUCCUCUGUGAUAUGUCAGAGGACUUUGUGG